GGCCCCGUAGCCAAUGAGACACGAGCUGGACGCUGAUUGGCCCUAGCGCUUGCCGGCCCAGGCCUGGCCAGGUCGCUGCAGGCUCGGAGCGGAGUGGCGUAGGGGGUGCUCGGUGCUGUCCCCGCGGGGGAUUGCCCUGGGCUCAGCAUGGCGGCGCUGUGGAUGAUAUGCCGAGCUUCCUGCACAGGGACACCACCCUGCCUGAGUCUCACCCGGCUGCUCAGUGUUACAGCCUCGAGAAAGUCCUACAAGCAUGUGAAUGUACAGGAGGUGAAAUCGGACAUGAAAUCCAUCACCGACCGGGUUGCUCAAACUCUCUUGUGGACAGAGCUCAUCCGAGGUCUGGGUAUGACCUUGAGUUACCUCUUCCGGGAACCUGCCACCAUCAACUACCCUUUUGAGAAAGGCCCCCUGAGCCCGCGUUUCCGAGGGGAGCACGCCCUGCGCCGCUAUCCGUCUGGAGAGGAGCGGUGCAUCGCCUGCAAGCUCUGCGAGGCUGUCUGCCCUGCCCAGGCGAUCACCAUAGAGGCCGAGCCACGUGCUGAUGGCAGCCGCAGAACCACCCGCUAUGACAUCGACAUGACCAAGUGCAUUUACUGCGGGUUCUGCCAGGAAGCUUGCCCUGUGGACGCCAUUGUGGAGGGCCCCAACUUCGAGUUCUCCACCGAGACGCACGAGGAGCUGCUGUACAACAAGGAGAAACUGCUGAACAAUGGGGACAAGUGGGAGGCCGAGAUCGCGGCCAACAUUGAGGCCGACUACCUGUACCGGUGACGGCUGGGCCCCCCGCACUGCCCAGCCUGCUUCCUAGACCCACCCCUGCAAUAAAGGGCCUACACCCAG